CCUUCCUUCCUUGGUUCCUGGGCAUCGGGGAGGGAAGGGAUGGCGGCGGGGCCGGGGGUCCGCUCGGUGCUGGGCACCAUGGAAUUCGGGCGCCGGGCCGGGCCGGAGGCCAGCGGGGCCAUGCUGCGCGCUUUCCUGGCCCGCGGCCACAGCCAGCUGGAUACGGCGCACAUGUACGCGGGGGGCGAGUCGGAGCGCAUCGUGGGCGCCCUGUUGGCGGCCCAGCCCGGCGCGGAGGGGCGAGUUAAAAUAGCCACCAAGGCCAAUCCUUGGGAUGGCAAAACUCUGAAGGCCCAGAGCGUCCGCUCCCAGCUGGAGGAGUCCCUUCAGCGUCUGCGGCUGCCGAGCGUGGACCUCUUCUACCUCCAUGCCCCGGAUCACGAGACCCCCGUGGAAGAGACGCUGCGGGCCUGCAAUGAUCUUCACAAAGAGGGGAAGUUCAAAGCCCUUGGCUUGUCCAACUACGCCUCUUGGGAGGUGGCAGAAAUUUGCACCCUUUGCAAAGCCCAUCAGUGGCUGCUGCCGACGGUGUACCAGGGCAUGUACAACGCGACCACGCGGCAGGUGGAGAAGGAGCUAUUCCCUUGUCUCAGGCACUUUGGAAUGAGUUUCUACGCUUACAAUCCCCUGGCUGGAGGGCUCCUGACAGGGAAAUACAAGUACGAAGACAAAGACUUAAGUCAACCACCGACUGGCAGGUUUUUUGGGAAUGAUUGGGCCACAGUCUACCGGGACCGGUAUUGGAAGCAGCACCAUUUUGAAGGCGUGGCCUUGAUCCAGAGCGCCCUCCGUGAAGCGUACGGCGCAGAUCCUCCCACUUUGACCUCCGCUGCCUUGCGCUGGGUCUACCAUCACUCAGAACUGCAGGAGAAAUACGGAGACGCUGUGAUUAUCGGCAUGUCCAACAUGGACCAGUUGAAGGAGAACCUCCGUUCCAGCGAGGAAGGGCCUCUCGUCCCCAGCGUGGUGGAGGCCUUUGAGAGAGCCUGGCACCUCGCGGCCCACGACUGCCCCAACUACUUCCGCUGAAGGGGAAGCGGCCAAGGGGCAGACGGGUCUCCGUCCUUGGGUCAAGCGGAAUUAAAACGGCUGCAGAC